AUGUCAAACUGGAUUUGGUGCGCUAAUAUUAAACUUAAUCACUCCACCCUGAAGUUAAUACAUUUAUUAUUUUGUUCGUUGCGUCCGUGUGUCCGUCGGUACCGUGUUGUAAGAAGACUUCGAGCAGUUGUCACAAUGAGCGGGUCGUGGGAAGAAUUCUUCGCGACUCAUUUGCCGCCGACCGACUUCGAGGACAAUCGGUCGUUACUCAAAGAGUUCUGUGACCGACACGACCGGCAGAGCCACAGAAUUGUGCUCGUCACAUCUGGUGGCACUACAGUGCCGCUAGAACACAACACGGUACGUUUCGUCGACAACUUCAGUGCGGGAAAACGUGGCGCCGCGUCGGCCGAGUAUUUUCUGGAACAAGGGUACGCGGUGAUAUUUAUGCAUCGCCUCAAAUCCCUGGAACCCUUCACGAGGCACUUUAGCGGGCAGAAGCUGCUGGAUAUGUUGGAGAUGCAAGAACAGUCGAAUAACACUACGAUAAGAGUGAAACAAGACAGCGUAUUCGCCUUGGCACCUGUUCUGUCCAGAUAUCAAGCUGCGCACGCGGCUGGUGCAAUCCUGCAUGUUGCUUUUACUACAGUAUCAGACUAUUUCUGGUUGCUGCGCGCUGCUUGUGAAGUCCUAGCAAAGUCCGGGCCUAGAGCUUUGCUGUACCUCGCCGCGGCAGUGUCUGACUUCUAUAUACCUAAGGAUAGUAUUCCCACACACAAAAUACAGUCUGAUAGCGGGCCUCCUGUUAUUCACUUGCAUUUGGUGCCAAAACUUUUAGCACCCUUGGUCAACCUAUGGGUGCCGAACGCAUAUGUGGUGUCAUUCAAACUUGAGACUGAUGAGAACUUGCUUAUUCCGAAAGCGAGGGCUGCGCUAGAGAAAUAUAAACAUAAGAUGGUUAUCGCGAACAUUCUACAAAAUAGGCAUCAACGUGUCGUGGUAGUCACAAGAGAAGCCAACCAGGAAGUACUUCUCACCAGAGAAGAGUUGCUUGCUGGUGUGGACAUUGAAGCACCAAUAGUAGACGAGAUAGUUCGCCAUCACACAGACCACAUAGCCGAGCGAGGGGCGGCAGGAUCACGCUGA